AUGUUGGCUCGAAAAGCUAACCACAACACGGCCUCUUACAUGGCUUUCUCCGUGCGUUUGGGUGAUGCGGAUGGCUUUGGAAAUCUACGGAAUUUGCUUCACGGCACGAGCUGGGGUCGAUGGUUUGUAGACGGUCUCUGGGCGAAGAUGGCGUCCGAUACGCUUGAGCAGAGCGGCAUAUUGGAGAGCGAAGCAACGAAGAACUUGGUACCGGAUCAGCCAUUGUUUUGGUAUGGUGUGAGCCUUGCAAUCUUGAAUUAUCCAAAGUAUAUUGACGAACUCGUGAGGAUUGGCCCAGUGGAAGUGAUCAGAAAGGACGUCAAAUCCCUCGAAGCAGGAAAUGUCAUACGCUUUGAGGAUGAGACUUCGGAUCAGACUGAUGCAUUUGUUGCCAGCAUGGGGUGGAAAUGGAGACCGAGUAUCGAUUUCCGGCCAAAGGAAAUGCACGCAGAUCUAGGUCUGCCAAGUACGGAGUAUACCAAAACUCAAAAGGAGAUCUCGUUCAAGCUGGACGGACGUGCUGAUGCGGAGGUUUUCGACAGGUUCCCAAAGCUUGCAACUGCGCCCAAGAUGGAUGAGGAAUCGCUGGUUGAACAAGAAAAGGGCAGAAUUCGUCAAGCAUUCACUCCAUGGCGGCUCUGGAGGGGCAUGGCACCCCCCUCGCUGCCAACUCCAGACGUUGUCUUCCUAGGCGUAGUCGCCCAAUUGCAGGGCGCGGUCAGAUCGGAAAUCAGCAGUAUCUGGGCCUACGCCUACAUGAACGACAAGCUCGGUUCCGUGAAAUCAAUCAGUAAGUCUGCUAAACAGCUGCGUCUGGAGCAAACGCUUGCGGAUGAGAACGGCGUUGCAGUCAAGCAGAUCGGGACGGUAGAUGAUAUCAUGUACGACACUGCGCUCUUCCAACGCUGGGGGAAGUGGAGAACACCGUAUGGGCUUGGUGCCGGGCAUCCGGAUGUCGUGUUAGAGGGCAUUGCGUGUUUUGAUUUGCUGUUGCAGGAUUUGGGCUUGAGGAGUUGGCGGAAUGGAUGGGGAUGGGCGGGGGAGGUGUUUGGGGGCAGUUAUGGUCAGGUAGAUUACAAGGGGUUGGUGGGAGAGUGGGAAGAGAGCCGGCAUAAGGGGACAUGA